GGCGCCAUAACGUAAACACGCCGCACGACGGACGCAGCUAUCAACUGGAAAAACGGGGGGAAUACUUACGUAGCCACUGAAGGAGCUACUGAAGCUUAGGUGUUGAAAUAUAAGGCCGAUCGUCAUGUCUAACGCUGUUUCGCACAACACGGGCAUCGGUAAAACGUUGCUGGGAAACUGGGUGGAGGAGCUGAGUGUGUCGCACAUCGAGGGCACCACGCCGGACAAGGACACGCACAAGCUGGGUCACAAAGGCAUCAUUACGUCCGAUACGUGGACGGAUUUCGUGUCGACCUGUAAGGCCGACUACAAGGUACCGACGCAGCUGAAACCAAGAAUCAACGUAGCAGGAACAAAGAAAGAGCGGUUGAUGAAAGCCAUGUACGAAGAAGUGAGGAAAGAGGUUGAAGCCAAAAUGAAUCAGCCACCGUUGCCGACAGAAUACAUGUCCACAACUCAGCACGCUCACGGAAUACCCGGCUUUCAGUCCACGAUACCCGUACCCACGAAGGGACACCUCUUGGUAGACGAGCCCGUUACGUUCUGGUCAGAGCACACUCACCGAAUCCACGGUCUGAGCAGUUUUAGCAGCACACAGGACACGCCGUUUAAGAGGAACGCUCAGUUCAGCACACCUAUAACGGAGGUCUACCGUAAACCUGCGUGAAACCUGGGCUCGUCUGCCUGCAACACACCAGACGCCUGCCUGCGUGAAACAGCCAACACUCACUCACUCUUUACUAUCAAAUCUAAAAUCACGGAAAAUAAUGAGCAAUGCGUUGUCGCAUUGCGUGAUUGAUAAUACGUUUUAUUUUUGUGUCAUUUCUCUCACAUUCUGUUUUAUCAUUCACGAUAGCGUUUUAUUCGGUCAUUUGUUACCCGCUGUUGUGAGUCACCAUGUAUAAAUUGCCUUUUUUGCUCUGUUCCAAUUGCACACGUACCUGCGACUAGUUACAAAAAAUAAAUGAAGACGUUACUCUGUUUUACAACA